CACCUCCUCCUCGGCCGGCCCUCCAUUUCCAGGUCCCACUCUGCAACCUCCUUCACCACCCGCGGAACAGUGGGCACCAGUGGGCACUGACCCCAGCACCCUGCCAGCGCCACCAGCCUCCUGCUCAACACCCGGGUGCAGCCCCCUCCAUGGCCCCCGAGAUGGACCAGUUCUACAGGUCCACCAUGGCCAUCUACAAGAGCAUCAUGGAGCAGUUUAACCCCGCCCUGGAGAACCUGGUGUACCUGGGAAACAACUACCUCCGGGCCUUCCACGCUCUGUCUGAGGCAGCCGAGGUGUACUUCAGUGCCAUCCAGAAGAUUGGGGAGCAAGCCCUGCAGAGUUCCACCUCACAGAUUCUGGGUGAGAUCUUGGUGCAGAUGUCAGAUACCCAGCGGCACUUGAACUCUGACCUGCAGGUGGUGGUAGAGACAUUCCACGGAGACCUGCUGCAGCACAUGGAGAAGAACACCAAGCUGGACAUGCAGUUCAUCAAAGACAGCCGUCAGCACUAUGAGAUCGAGUACCGCCACCGAGCCGCCAACCUGGAGAAGUGCAUGUCUGAUCUGUGGCGCAUGGAGCGAAAGAGGGACAAGAAUGUGCGGGAGAUGAAGGAGAGCGUGAACCGGCUGCACGCGCAGAUGCAGGCCUUCGUGUCAGAGAGUCAGAGGGCCGCUGAACUGGAAGAGAAGCGGCGCUAUCGUUUCCUGGCGGAGAAGCACCUGCUACUUUCCAAUACCUUCCUACAGUUUUUUGGCCGGGCUCGGGGGGUGCUCCAGAACCGCGUGCUGCUGUGGAAGGAGCAGUCGGAGGCCAGCCGCAGCCCGUCGCGCGCCCAUUCCCCUGGCCUGCUGGGUCCCGUGCUGGGGCCGCCCUACCCCUCGGGCCGCCUGACGCCCACCCGCUUGGACAUGCCCCAGAGGCCUCUGGGAGAGUUCAGCUCCCCUCGCAGCCGGCAUGGCUCCGGCUCCUACGGCCCGGAGCCCACCGAGGCGAGGUCCGCGUCCCAGCUGGAGCCAGACCGCCGGUCCCUGCCCCGGACGCCGUCUGCCUCCUCACUCUACACCAGCACCCAGCGCUCGCGCUCCAACUCCUUCGGCGAGCGCCCGGGCGGCUCGGGCAGCGGGGGCAGCGGCAGCGGAGGCACCAGGAGGGUCCGCGCCCUCGUCUCCCACUCGGAGGGCGCCAACCACACGCUGCUGCGCUUCUCGGCCGGAGACGUCGUGGAGGUGCUGGUGCCAGAGGCCCAGAACGGCUGGCUCUAUGGCAAGCUGGAGGGCUCCUCCACGAGUGGUUGGUUCCCCGAGGCCUAUGUGAAGCCAUUGGAGGUGCCCGUGAACCCCAUGAACGCCUUGAACCCCGUGACCUCCAUGAACCCUAUGAACGCCUUGAACCCCGUGACCUCCAUGAACCCCAUGAAUGCCUUGAACCCCGUGACCUCCAUGAACCCCAUGAAUGCCUUGAACCCCGUGACCUCCAUGAACCCCAUGAACGCCUUGAACCCCGUGACCUCCAUGAACUCCAUGAACCCCUUGACCCCGAUGACCUCCAUGAACCCCAUGAGUCCUAUGAAUGAGCUACCUUCCAGGUCCUACCCACUCCGGGGCAGCCAUAGCCUGGAUGACCUCCUGGACCGGCCAGGCAACUCCACAGCGUCCUCAGAGUACUGGGAUGGCCAGUCCCGCUCCCGAACCCAGAGCCGGGUCCCAAGCCGCGCCCCCAGCCCCACACCUACACCCUUGCCUGGCAGCCGCCGAGGUAGCAUGGGCAGCAUGGGCGUGGCCAGUGACGUCAAGAAACUUAUGUCCUGGGAGCAGCACCCCCCAGAGCUCUUCCCUCGGGGCACAAACCCCUUUGCCACCGUAAAGCUGCGUCCCACUGUCACCAAUGACCGCUCAGCGCCCCUUAUCCGCUGAGGCGCCUUCCUCCAUCAGGGGUCUGAGGUCGCCACCCCACCUGUCCAGAGUCUGCCCAGAGAUGGCGGCAGCAGAAGCAGCAGCAGUGGAUCCAAGAAGCCGGGGCCCUGAUGCUGGGGGUGGCUGCCCUUCCCCAAACUGCACCCCCAGACUGAACAGCUCCAAGGGCACUGGUCUGGGGUCUGGGACCUUCAAACUAAAGCAGGCGGAAUUGGGGGACAGAACCAUUUCUUCCCCUCCAGGGGCCCCAGGACUCUCCCUGGGGGGCCUACCUCAUGUCCCCAAACUCUUUCCCCCUUCUCCAACCCGUGGGGAGGAGCCCCUUACACACCCCCUCCUCUGCCCCGCACAUGUCCCCAUUUAUCUUUUGUACACAGUGAGAAAUAAAGCAAGUGGACAUGGCA